AAAUAGAGAUGCACCAAAGUAAUAACCAGCAAAAUACUAAAUUUUACCUUGAAGAUCUUGAGUUUGCCAAGAAUGUUCUCCAUAAUCCAAGUUUAAAGCCGAUCCUCGCUGAAGCACAAAAUCCUUCAACGGAUUGAGACAUAUUCUUUUGAGACGACAUCUCAGAGCCAGAUAUUGGUAGCUCAGAGUGUAUAUCCAUUAAUUUGGACCACCUUGAGAAAGAUUCCCAAUGAUCUGCCUUAUCUUCAAACGAUUAUCAAAUUUAUGAUGAUCCAGGAGGCUCAAGCUCAACUGAGGACCCUUGAAUAAUAAAGAUGAGGCUGAUACCUAAUUGCUCUCAGAGUGUGAGUACAAAGAGAUGAACAAACUAUGAGAAGGCUUCAUCCCAGGCAGACCCUGAACCGUCUAUUUACAAGGAUAUUUUAUGCCCUUCAGAGAUUACCUUGGGUGAUGAAAAACAGUGUGUUGUUGAGGAAGAGCCCACCAAAUUUGUAAUGCCAAUGCCUAAGAAGAAACGGAAGGACAACCGAUACGACUCUUUAUACCGAUCCCUCCUCCGGAAAUUGAGGAAAUGGUUUCAGUCCCUCUUUAGGAGUAAUACCAACUAUGAAAAGUGCAAGAAAAGCAAUAAGCCUAUUUUCUUCUUGAAAUGUGUAGAGGAAUUAUGUAAAAAUACUCUAAAUCAGCAUUCUAACUUCAAUCUGGUUUUCACAUUGGCAAAUUUGAUCAAUCCUCGGCUUAUCCAAAAGCAUAAGGCAAAUUUUUGUAAAGAAUACAGCUGCCUACGAGGGUUCCUAAAAGACCUGACUCAGCGAGUGGGUCCAGGUAAAGACGUCUUUACCCAAUUCUCUUUCGUAAAGAUGGAGAGGACUGUCUGCACCAAAGAAUAUGACACCUUACUCCACUUCUUCAUUGAUCAUGACCAGGACGGUUUCAGUGAAGAUGAGAAGUAUGCUCUUCAGCAGAUGCUGAAAGUGUCAUCGUGCCAUAUUUUAUCUGCAAGCAAUGCUUGCCCCUAAUUUCUAAUUUCUUAUGUCAUUGUUACUUGAAUUUUUGGCAUUUUUUAUA